UUAAUAAGGAAGUAACAGGCGGGGCAAAGGUCUCUGCGGUUGUUCAAGGCCAAAAGAAACGAGAAGCAGCCAUUUGUUUAGUCACUUGCCAUAAUGAGUGGGGAGGAGAGGUUAUGAGAGGAGGACAAGGUUGAGAAUUAAAAGUCAACACCGCUGGAGAAAAGUGAAUAUUGGUCUGUGUCAGCACAGGCUGAAAGAAAUUCUUCGCCAGCCUUAAGUGUUGUGUCUGUCAACACACUGCUACAGAAAACAGAAACGUGAAGUUUAUCUCGGGGCAACAACGGAAUGUAACAGGUUCAUAAUAUCUGAGUAACUUAAAAAGCUGUAAAGAAGAUGAAGCCUUUAUCUUUCACCUCAGACCGCUGGCUGCUGCUGCUCGGCGUCGUCUGCAGUCUUCUUGUGGGUCCAAGCGGCUCCGUUUCAUCAACAUCAAGCCCAGUGUCACCAUCGACAGAGACAAAUCCUACAGAAAGAGAAACGUCCAGAACACUCGAAACCUCUCCGAUGACAAGCCCUCCGACAACGAAACCUUAUCUUGCUAAUGCAGAGGGCUUUGAAUCAGUGGGACAAAAUGAGACCAGUAUCACCCUGCAGUGGGAAAAAGUUGGAAACAUCCUCACAUAUGUACUUGUGUCCAGUGACGGAGACAUAAACAUCACUGCAGCAAUGGAAGACAAACCAGUUACACACGUAACCUCAGGACUCACAAAUGGGACAAAAUACAACUUCACUCUCUUCACCGUGUCUGAAAACGACAGAAGCAGUGGAGUGAGCAUCCUUGCAGUCACUGCUCCUCCUAAUGCACCAGAGUUUAAAUCCGUUGGACAAAAUGAGACCAGUGUCACGCUGCAGUGGAACAAAGUCAACCGCUUCCUCAACUAUACACUUGUGUUCAUCAAUGGAGAGAUAGACAUUCUGGCAUCAGAGGGAGUUCAACCAGUGACACACACGAUCUCAGGUCUCAGCAAUGGAACUAAAUAUGAUUUCAGACUCUUCACUGUGUUUGAAACCGUCAGGAGCAGUGGAGUGAACCUCACUGCAGUCACUGCUCCUUGUAAUGCAGCAGAGUUUAAAUCUGUUGGACAAAAUGAGACCAGUGUCACGCUGCAGUGGAACAAAGUCAACCGCUACCUCAACUAUACACUUGUGUACAGCAAUGGAGAGAUAAACAUCAAUGCAUCAGAGGGAAAUCAACCAGUGACACAGACGAUCUCAGGUCUCAGCAAUGGAACUAAAUAUGAUUUCCGUCUCUUCACUGUGUUUGAAACCGUCAGGAGCAGUGGAGUGAGCCUCACUGCAGUUACUGUUCCUCUAAAUGCUCGACAGUUUCAAUCAGUGGGACAAAAUGAGACCAGUGUCACUCUGCAGUGGAACAAAGUCAACGGCUCCCCCAACUAUACACUUGUGACCAGCAAAGGAGAGAUAAACAUCACUGCAUCAGACAGAGAUCAACCAGUGACACGAACAAUCUCAGAUCUCAGCAAUGGAACUAAAUAUGAUUUCAGACUCUUCACUGUGUUUGAAACCGUCAGGAGCAGUGGAGUGAACCUCACUGCAGUCACUGCUCCUGGUAAUGCAGAAGAGUUUAAAUCUGUUGGACAAACUGAGACCAGUGUCACGCUGCAGUGGAACAAAGUCAACCACUACCUCAACUAUACACUUGUGUACAGCAAUGGAGAGAUAAACAUCCCUGCAUCAGAGGGAAAUCAACCAGUGACACAGACGAUCUCAGAUCUCAGCAAUGGAACUAAAUAUGAUUUCAGACUCUUCACUGUGUUUGAAACCGUCAGGAGCAGUGGAGUGAACCUCACUGCAGUCACUGUUCCUCUAAAUGCUCGACAGUUUCAAUCAGUGGGACAAAAUGAGACCAGUGUCACGCUGCAGUGGAACAAAGUCAACGGCUCCCCCAACUAUACACUUGUGACCAGCAAAGGAGAGAUAAACAUUCCGGCAUCAGAGGGAGUUCAACCAGUGACACACACGAUCACAGGUCUCAGAAGUGGAGCAAAACAUUAUUUCAGUCUCUUCACUGUGUUUGAAACCGUCAAGAGCAGUGGAGUGAACCUCACUGCAGUCACUGUUCCUCCUGCGGUGUCUCUUGUCAACGUGACUGAGCGCUCUGUGACCAGUGUCGCACUAAAAUGGCAGAAUGUGGAUAAAGACUGGACCUACUCACUUCAGAUUAAUGGAGUUGAUGUGAAAGCCGACCUAGAUUUAUCCUCAAAUGUUGUUUCCUAUUCAGUCACAUCUCUGCAGCCUGGGACAGAGUAUUUAUUCAGCGUGAUCACACUGUUCUCCGGCCUCAACAGCACUGCUUAUGAGGGCUUCACUGUAACAGCCAUAGACUGUGCCAGUGUGGCCUGGCAUGUUACCAACUCAUCGAUCCAGGGGAUGGUUCAAGGCUUGUUCUCGAAUGCAACUGUGAACGAAACUCACGUCAGUCCUGCAGGUGGCAAUGUGUCGUUCACUGGCCUUUACCCUGGCGCAACCUACGAGGUGUCACUUGUGUACGAAAGAAAGGACACACUCUUUGAACAAUGUCGCCACAAUCUGACCGUCCUUCCUCCAAGUUUAAGCGGUCGCUGUGAGUACUCGGACGGUGGCUAUUCCAUCCUUAUAGUCUGGGACAAACCAGCCGGUGUGUGGACUGAGGUGGAGGUGAACGUGAGCGGACAAAAUAAAAAGGUGCCUCAAAAUGGGGAACAGCAGACUAAGAUACCUGGAUUCAGUCCUGCCAGAGAGUAUGUGGUGUCUUUAGAUUCGCUCUCUGGGAAUCAGAGAAGUUAUGAACCCUUCGUCUUUCUGUGUUAUACUGAUCCAAGGGGAGUCAUUACAGGGUCCUUGCUUGGCCUGCUGCUUCUUAUUGCCCUGGUCUGCAUGGUUCUCUUAAUUUUGUUCAAACGGCCAGAUCUGAUCAGAAAACGCCAAUUCCGCAGUGGAUCCAAACUAUCCCGUAAAAACUACAGAACGAUAUCACUAGCAGAGUUUCCCGGCCACUUCUACCAUUUAAGUGUGGACGACAACAAAGGUUUCAGCGAAGAAUAUGAGCAACUCCAACCUGUCGGCACAGAGCAGUCACAAAAAGCGGCGGUUGGACCUGAGAAUCGAAAAAAGAAUCGUUUCAACAACGUGCUGUCAUACAACUGGAGUCGAGUGAAACUAACAGCGUCAAAAUCCAAUGGGACCUCUGACUACAUUAAUGCCAAUUACAUACCAGGUUUCAACAGGAAAACUGAGUACAUCGCCACUCAGGGGCCUCUGGCCUCCACGGUCACUGAUUUCUGGAGGAUGAUUUGGGAGCAAAAAGUGAAGGGCAUCGUCAUGGUAACCAACUGCGUGGAAUUAGGACGGAACAAGUGUGAACAAUAUUGGCCUGCAGACAGGAAGCCUCAUCUCCACGGAGAACUCUUGAUCACCGUCAGAUCUGAGGCCCGGGAUUCCAACUGGACAUUGAGGGAAUUUAGUGUGAAAAAUAGAAACACGUCGGAGGAGCGCACCGUGAGACAUUUCCACUUCACAGCCUGGCCCGACCACGGAGUCCCACAAGGCACCAGGGACCUGAUCCAGUUCAGAGGACUGGUGAGACGGCACAUAGAGAGUGAAGGGACCAGAACCCCAACUGUAGUUCACUGCAGUGCUGGAGUGGGGAGGACAGGCACCAUCAUCGCCCUGGAUGUGCUGCUUCAGCAGUUCGACCAAAACAAGGCAGUGAACAUCAACGGCUUUGUGCACAAGAUGAGACUGAGUCGGCCACACAUGGUGCAGACAGAGUCCCAGUACGUGUUCCUGCACCAAUGUAUCAUGGACAGUCUGCAGCAGCCUGAGAUGACAGAAGAACCCAUAUAUGAGAAUUCAGAAAUGAUAUAUGUCAACGCCACUGCACUCAAAGAGUUUCGUUAACGCAAGAUACUUUUUUGCACAAAAAAUAUACUCCUAAAGUAAAUUAACUAUAUAUUGUUAUAAACUGUAAAUAUGAAGUUAUAUAUAUGUACCUCUAUAUGCAUCGCAAAACUUAAUUAAGUUUAAGAAUUUCCCAAAUACUGUUAUUGUUGUUGUGUGACGAAGCAACUCUCCAGAAACUCACAUUUUUUUUAAAUUACAUUUAUUAACAAUAACAAAAGUCGGUAGAAAAUAGUGUAUAUCUGUUUGUACAAGAAAUAAAAUAUUUUGUAAGAACAAAUA